AUGUCCGGUUCGAACUCGGGCGACUUGCGGCAAGCACCUGCGUUCGUUUUUCCAAUAGACGAGGACAAGCGUCCGCUCGCGGGCGCGACACAGCCGGCCGAGAACCCUGGGCACCAGCUGGCGAGGCUGGUGCCGGCAGGAGUCGCUUCCACGUCGACCGCAGUGCGUUCGGCACGAGAAACCGACGCUCUGCUGCCGUCUGCGUCCGUGGCUGUGCACUCACCCGCGGAAAGCUGCGUAACCGAUACGCCGAUGGCGACGGGGACGCUUUCGGAGAGCGUAACCGACCCGCAGAGCGCAGCGGUCAGCUGGACGACUGCGCGGGUUCCAGAGAGCCGCAGUCAGCAGCUUGAGACAGCGCAGUACCACAGCAGCAAACAAGACGAAGCAGAGGUGCCCAAGCUCGUUAGGCCUGGUGGGCGCUCAGCCGGCGCGUUCUCGCCACCUUCUGCCCUGUCAGGGACGCCAACGUCACCACCAUCGGUUGAGAGACGUAGCUCGUCGCGGGAGCUCUCUUGGCAGCUCGCUUCGUCGACUGGAUGCACACUGAUGCACGCAGAGGGCACCAGCAGUGGUACCAGCGGCACCACGGCGAUGGAGACCACCUCAACGCACUUGGAUAUGCGCCAGCAGCGUGACGAAACCGUUCUCUCCGCUCUACGACAGCGCAAAUUCCACUUCACGUUCCGGCCUGUUGGCGGGAGCUAUGGCGAAAGCGUCCUGGAGCGCCUGGAAAAUUUCCGCGUCUUGUUCGGGCUUUUGAAACCGAAUGAGAAGCUCCCGCUGACGUUAGAGGGUGCUGCGCUUGCUCGCAGACUGCUCGCGUCGUCGCCGGCACCACGGGGUGGACCAGCCUGUCUCGGUGAGCUCACUGCGAUCGUUACGAGCCCCGACGGAGCCUCCGUCUUCUUCGGUCACAACUGGAAUCAGUCCAAGCCCCCAAGCCUGUCACCAGUAUUUCGCCAAGAGGUCGCAGACGCAGACGCAGCCGCCACGAUGACCACGGUGGCGUCUGCGUCACAACAGAAGGCAGCCAAGCUUCCUGACUCUGGCUUGACGUCGCCUGGAGCCGCGGCCCCGGUCACGGAUGAACCGGGCGAAUGCCUGCACAGGCGUUGGCGCUCCGACAGCGACGACGCUGCAGCAUGUAUCACGGCUGCGGCGGCUGCAGUCGCUCAACGAGAAAUAUCGCGGGCGACGAUCGAACGCAAAGUGCGAGAACACUAUCGCUAUCCACCAAGUCAUUCAGUGCGCAACGUCAUUCGUCGACAUCGAACCAUUUUCGAGGCAGCUUGUUUCUGCUCUGCUUUCCUGCAGGCUGUGCAGUCUAACGUUAUCGAGUUGCUCGACGACGUUGUGUGUAACCGAGCAAAUAUUCCAGAGGAAUUCCACGACCGCAUCGUGCGGCGUCCGUUGAGCCACCAGAUUGCCGAGCAGCAAUCAGUGCUGGUUGCGAAACGACCUGAUCUGUGGGAUCGAGUGGAACCGCAUUUGCGCUGGGCUCCAACUCGAGAAUCCCUGAGACGUCGAGCGCCGUCUACAAGCCAGCACGCCCAAGCGCACUACCUGGAGGAAGCGCCCAGAGACAUGCCCGCGCGACCCGCUUUCCACUGGCACCGGCAAGCACCAUCGCAGCUGGAUGUACCGGCCUCUGUGUCGGAGCAACGAGGCGGGGAAAUGUUCUCGGGGACAUGUGUCGCUGGUGCUGCUGAAUCUUCCGAUCAUUGCGCGCUGCCAGAGGCGAGUCGGUGGUCGCACCAACGUAGAGCUGCCCAUCGUUCAGCUGAGCAAGCGGAACUCGAUGCGCUGUUCGGCCCCUUGCAGGAUGUGCGGCCCUUCGAAAUGCCUGCUGCGCCAAUUGAAAUUGGCGAUUCACCGCAUUUGAUCAUACAAAAGACAAGAACGUUUCGUACCGCGUCCUGGAGAGGCGAGACGUCUCGCGUGGGCAAUCCACUGGGCAUUGCAAGCGCCGAGACCAACACGGAGGCAGACCCGAGUACCUCACCAGGGACUCGUACCCUCGCCACUGUGGCGGUGACGGUUUCAUCCACAUCGGUUUCUACCGCAUCCUCUGUAUCGUCUGCCCCAGAGCGUUAG